UGGUAUAUAUUUUUCUGUUUCUUUUAUUACAAUUUUUUUCGAGUCAGGUAUGCAGAAAGUACGUAUAUCUGAUGAAGAGAAACAGUUUCAGACUCAACUAGCUCUAGAAAGAGAACUCCGAACGUUAAUUCGCGAGUACUUUGUCUUAGAUAGAGGGAGUAAUCUCAGUAGAUUUUCCAAAAAUAGUACUUUAGCGAGACAAACUAAUGUAAUAUCAAUAUUCAAACAUGAGCAUGCAAACAUAUUAAGAGAUUUAAUAAGGGCGAAAGCCCCUGGACGAAAACGUGAAGACGAAAAGCUGUUCGAUGAAUUGUCAGGACUUAUAGAGGAAUAUCACUGGUACGACAACGAAGUGAAGAGGUCUAAGGUCUACAUAGAAGAGUUAAAUAUUGAGAUAAAGUUAGUCCAGAAAGGAGUUCAGCUUUUGCGCAAGCAGCAGAUCACAGACAGACAACAUGAAGACCGUUUCUGGCAGGCAGUAAAAACAGUGGAAACUUUAGAGAACAAAUUGGAGGCACAAAUGAUUCAAUUUGGGACGAUCUGUACAAAGAAUAAACAAUUAAGGGAAGAAAUUGAUGGCCUUUUAAAUGAAAGAAAUGUUUUUAUGACCCAGUGGGAACGUCUUAUUGAUAAGUUAAUAGAAGGAAAAAAAAUUAUGCUGGAUUUGAUCGAACAAGCCACUAUAGCUUACAACCAAAGAGAGGAUUGGUGUACCAAACUGCAGAUUUUACGAUAUAAAGCUCUCCACGAUUUAAAUACUAACAGCCAAGAAAUGAGAGAAAAUGCUAGAAAAUAUGAUCAUAAUUUAAAAUUAAAAGAAUUUUUUGACAUCAAAGGACAGAAACGUGUUAUGAGAGACCUGGAAAUAAAGGAAAGAAGGAGGUGGGAAAUAAUAGAAGAAAAACUAAAGAAUAAACUGGAACUUUAUAAGAACAUGCUAGACGAUAUUAAGGGUUUUACCAAAACGCAAAACAUUAAAAAAAUAGCUUCCACUUUUGCCGCAGAGGAAGAGCUAAAUUUGUCCAAGUUCAAAUACAUCCUUUAUAUGAUCAAAGAAACUGAAGAAAUAGGUGAACGUUUAGGGUUCUUACAUUUCGAUAUUCAGGAAAAGAACAUCCUUCAUACUACUAGAGAACUUCAGCAACAAGGUACUUUAGAACAGCUACACUAUGAUUUAGAGGAUGCGACACGCAUAGCUGAUAAAGCUGAAAAGAAAAUGAACGAAACACAAGCAGUCUUUGACGAACUCUUGAAGGGAACUUUUAGUCUCUUUAAAAUCUGUAAAUGCAACGAAGACCCGCUUAUUCAGCUCCUUGGAAAUAACACACAGGUGCAGUUUUACAAUGUUGAACUAUAUUUGAAUAUUCUGGAAAGAACAAUACACGAACUUCUUGUCAUUGCUGGCUACAAAGACAGCUUGAGAAAACCGGAUGACCCCAAGAAACUAAUUGUGUUUGAGCCCUACCCAUCUGAGAUAUAUCCAAUAGAGAAGGUCAUAAAGGCCACCCCAUGUUCACUAUGUGUGGAACAUGAAAUGGUUUCCGAUGUAAUUGACACGUUGCAGCGAAUUUAUUCAUUGCCUGAAGCUCGAGACAGGUUGAAAAGACGUUUGAAGCUGCCAGGUGGAAAGGCUAGGCUUCACACCAUCUCCCAUUGUCAGUUACCCAAAUCACGGCGUUUGAUGCAGAGGAGGUACGAGUAAUUACAAUGACA